AUGUACCAGCCUCUGCUUCUCCUUCCCCUCCUCCUAACUUCGGCUUUUGCCAACCCCCACGAUCCCCACAUUCACCACUCCCUGGAGAAGCGGGCAUCCUUCCCCAUACCUUCCUCGAAGGGCAGCGUGACCUUCUCUUCGCCCAAGACCAUCAGCGGCACUUUUGAUGGAGGCAUGAAGACCUAUGGCCGUGGCGUCAAGUGUACCGGUCAAGACGAAGGUGGUGACGAGGACGCCGUCUUCAUUCUCAAGGACGGUGCCACUCUUAAGAACGCCAUCAUCGGCGCCGAUCAAAUUGAGGGUGUCCACUGUGAGGGCUCCUGCACUAUCGAGAACGUCUGGUGGACGGAUGUCUGUGAAGAUGCCCUAUCCCUCAAGGGCAGCGGCAGUGGCACCCACAAGAUCAUUGGUGGUGGUGCCCGCAAUGCUGACGACAAGGUCAUCCAGCACAACUCUGGCGGCAAGGUGAUCAUCCAGGACUUCACUGUGCAGAACUUCGGUAAGCUCUACCGGGCCUGCGGCAACUGCAAGAAGCAGUUCAAGCGCACUGUGAAGAUCAGCGGUGUCAAGGCUUCUAGCGGCAAGGCCCUUGUCGGCAUCAACUCCAACUACGGUGAUACCGCUUCCAUCAAAGGCUGCGCGACCAGUGUUAAGGAGAUUUGUGUUGAGUAUGAGGGUACCAACAACAACAGCAAGGAGCCUAAGAAGAAGUCUUCUGGUCCUAGCAGCUACUGCAAAUACAGUGAACCUCUGAGCAAGUGCUAA